AUGUCCACCGCCGAGCUUGCUUCCUCCUACGCUGCCCUCAUCCUGGCCGAUGACGGUAUUGAGAUCACCGCCGACAAGCUUAACACCCUCAUCUCUGCUGCCAAGCUCGAGGUUGAGCCCAUCUGGACUCAGCUCUUCGCCAAGGCUCUUGAGGGCAAGGACGUCAAGGAGCUUCUCCUGAACGUCGGCUCCGGCUCUGGUGCCGCCGCCCCCGCCGCUGGUGGUGCUGCCGCCGGUGGUGCCGCUGCCGAGGACGCCCCCGCUGAGGAGAAGGCCGAGGAGAAGGAGGAGUCUGACGACGACAUGGGCUUCGGUCUCUUCGACUAA